AUGUUCCCACGUCGGGCGUUGAAGCCAUACCUGGCUGAGUUCCUCGGCACAGCUCUGCUGAUCGUCCUCGGAGAUGGCGUCGUCGCCCAAUGCUUGCUUUCCGACUACCAGUACGGUACAUGGUUGUCCAUCAACAUCGCAUGGGCUGCUGCCGUCUGCCUCUCCGGUUACUUGUCUGAUCCCGGUCCGACUAUUAACCCGGCCGUGACUAUUUGCACAGCUCUUGUGCGUCCAUCUGCAGGACAGUGGAGAACCAUUCCAGGCAAGCUGGUUGCACAGUUUCUGGGUGGAUUCGUCGGUGCUGCCAUCGUGUAUGUCAACUACCGUUCGGCCAUCAAAGCUUGGGAUCCCGAAUAUACCAUUCCAUGGGGUUCGAUUCUGAGCCCAUCUGGCCACCAUUCCGCGGGCAUCUUCUCAACCUAUCCAUCGGCCUUCUUCGAGUCGAACUGGGAGGCUGUGUUUGCUGAGGUGUUGGGCUCAGCCGUGUUGAUGUUUGGCUGCCUCAGCAUCUCCGACCCGGGAAAUGCCCAUCGGUUCCCUGCUCCGCAGCUCUCGAUGUUUUUGCUCUUGCUUAGCAUCGGCGCGGCAUUGGGCUGGCAGACUGGCUACGCUCUUAAUCCCGCUAGAGACUUUGGCCCCAGAUUAUUCUCUGCGAUCAUCUAUGGCCGAGAAGUGUUUACAGCGGCUGGCUACUAUUUCAUUGUUCCCCUCUUCGCCCCUAUUGUCGGUUGUACUAUUGGCGCGUUGACUUACGACGGGAUGCUGUUCGAGGGAGAGGGAUCGCGCGUUACCGAUGCGCUGGACAAAGCUGAGGAGCACGGCUCCCUUCGACUGCAGUGA